AUGGCGUACCAAAAGCCGGCCGAUAUCGACGGAUACGUCACCCAGAUGGCCAAGGCGGACAUGCGCGUGAAGGCGCAGCUGGCCGAGGAUCUGGUGCUGUACUUGAGCGAUUCGGAAAACUCGAUCGAAUGCACCGAUCUCGGGCUGCUCAUUGAUGGGCUCAUUCCGUGGAUGACCGGAAGUCACCAUAAGAUCGCACAGCGCGCCCUUGAGGCGUUUACCGAGCUGAUCGUUCGGUUAGGGCAGGAUUUUAACGCGUACACCUCGACCAUUCUGCCGCACGUGAUCGACAGACUCGGCGACAGCCGUGAUACGGUGCGGGAGAAGGCCCAGCUUCUGUUGCACAAGCUAAUGGAGUGCCGGGUGGUGCUCCCGCAGUCCCUACUGGACAAGCUGAACGUCUGCUUUAAGCACAAGAAUUCGAAGGUGCGCGAGGAGUUCCUGCAGACGAUCGUCAGCACACUCAACGAGUACGGCACACAGUCGCUGUCGGUAAAGGUGUACAUCCCGCCGAUCGUCAGCCUGCUGGGCGAUCCGUCGCCCACGGUCCGGGAUGCGGCCAUCCAGACGUUGGUCGAAAUUUACAAACACGUCGGUGAUAAACUGCGGAUUGAUCUGAAGAAGCGCGAAGUUCCCCCGACGAAGGUGGCCAUUCUGGAGCAAAAGUUUGACGAAGCACGUAACGAUGGGCUGCUGCUGCCGUCGGCGCUUACGGUGCCGGCCUCGGCCGGUGGUGGUCAUGACGAGCUAGACCGAGCGGCCGUGGUCGAGCGACCGACGAGGCUAGUGAAGCGCACUCCUUCGGCGGCCACCCCACGGAAGCCAUUGUUCGAAUCGGGACAGCAGGGCUCGGGUGAUCUAAUGCUCGCGGCCGGUGCCGUUUCGGUCGAUGUGUUCGAAGCGUCGUUCGAGAGCGUACCGCAGCUGACCAUCUUUUCGCAGCGUGAUAUGGACGACCACAUGAAGUCGAUCAACACGCUGAUCGGGGACAAGAGCGUCGACUGGGAGAAGCGCGUGGACGCGCUGAAGAAGAUCCGUUCGCUGCUAAUGAUCAACAUCCAAGGCUCGCCCACCUUCGUGCAGCAGCUGAAGGAUCUAUCGAUCGCGUUUCUCGACAUCCUGAAGGAGCUCCGGUCGCAGGUUAUCCGCGAGGCGUGCAUAACGCUCGCAUAUAUGAGCAAGGUGCUGAAGAGCCGGUUGGACCAGUUCACGAUCUACAUCCUUCAGGAGUUGAUCAACCUGAUCCAGAACUCGGCCAAAGUAAUCUCCUCGUCCGGCACGCUCGCACUCAAGUUCGUGAUACGGUACACGCACGCCCCGAAGAUCAUUCCGAUCCUGACGCAGAAUCUCAUGCUGUCCAAAUCGAAAGACAUUCGCAGCUCGCUCUCGGAGCUACUGAUCCUGCUGUUCGAGGAGUGGCCUACGAAGGCGCUGGAAAAACACAACAGUCUGCUGCGGGAAGCACUCCGCAAGGGCAUCGGCGAUGCGGACAACGACGCGCGACGACACAGUAGAUGUGCGUUUUGGAUCUUUCGAAGACACUUUCCCGAGCUGGCCGAUAGUCUGUACGGGUCGCUAGACAUUUCUACGCAGCGUGCCCUCGAACGGGAGCGGGACAAUCUCGGAACAAACGGUACCAACUCCAUGAGCGGCUCCUCGCCCAAAGAACGAAGGCAAUCGUCCGGGCUGCGGAGUCCCGCGACUGCACAACCACCAGCUGCUGCCGGUGGCUUUCGGAGUGUGUCCGCGGUCGAUACGGCCGCAGCUCAGCGGGCACGGGCCAGAGCACAGUACUCCACGCUGGCCAGGAUGAAGGUGACUUCCGGGACGGCAUCGCUGCAAGGACACUACGCGCAACAAGCACGUGCUAAAAAGACACCGACAGCAUCCGCCUCAUCCGCUGCCAACACGGUUACGCCACAGCAACCUCCCACACCGGAGCGUAAGAUCAGAUCGCGCGCAGGAGUGUCACAGUCACAGCCCACAUCACGGAGUACGUCGCCGUCGAGCAAAAUGCGUGAUCUUUACGGUGGCGUCACCUCCGUCUACCGCCAGACGGGCACCGUGCCGAAGAAGGCCCAAUCCGGCAUACCGCGAUCGUUGGCAAACUCUCGGGAAACUAGCCCCACCAGGUCACAAACUCAGUUCGGUUCGCUGAGACGCCACGCGUACGGUACGAGCAGCCCGCGGAGACCGCCGCUCAAUCCGGGGCGCCCGGUGCUGGCCCAGAAGAUUCUCCAGCAGAGCCGAGAAGCAGAGAGCGCCCUGGCGGAUGCCCUGUCCCCGGGCGACGAGGCAGACCUGGCGUGCGCAGACUUUGCCCGGCUCGGGCUGCACCGGAAGAUUUCGCGCGACGAAUCGGACGAAAGCGAAGCGUCGUCCGUGUGCUCGGAGCGGAGUUACGAUUCGUACCGGCGGGGCAAUGAUUCAUUCUCGUGGAAUGGCUCGCGAACGCGCCUCGACAGCUCACGGCCGGCGAUCGAGGAUAUCGAAACGAUCAUUCAGUUUUGCGCCUCGACGCACUGGUCCGAGCGGAAGGACGGGCUGGUCAGCCUAACGCAGUACCUCAGCGAGGGCAAGAUGCUGACUCAGCAUCAGCUCCAGUGCGUGCUCGAUCUGUUCCGCAAGAUGUUCAUGGAUCCGCACAUCAAGGUAUACGCCCUGUUUUUGGACACUGUCAACGAGCUGAUUCUGUCGCACUCGAUCGAUCUGCACGAUUGGCUGUUCAUACUGCUGACGCGUCUGUUCAACAAGCUGGGCACCGAUCUGCUGGGAUCGAUGAAUGGGAAGAUUUGGAAAACACUCCAGCUCAUCUAUGAGUACUUCCCGUUCGAUCUGCAGCUACAGUGUGUCUUUCGAAUUCUGGUUGACAAUGCACAAACACCGAACGUCAAGACACGCCAGGCCACACUCCGCUUCCUGACGCAGUUGGUGAUGAACUACUGCACCGGGCCACAGUUCGUGGUGCACCCGCAGAACCAGCAGGUCAUGAACCUCGCCAUCCAGAAGAUCAUCCAGACGUCGCUUGAUCAGAAAAGUAUCGAACUAAAGUCGCAGGCACGCCAGUGCAUCAUUGCGCUCUACAAUUGUAACCCUUCUCAGAUGACAAUGACACUUGGGAACCUUCCAAAACAGUACCAGGACACGGCGCGGGCAUACAUUCAGCAUAACAUGAGAAGAAGCGCUUCAGCGUGUAACGCCCGUAGCGUGCGACCCCCAUCAUCACCACUGUCGUCUUCAAGCCCCAAACCAUUGCUUAGCCCUCAGCAAGGGCCCUAUAGUUUACAGAAUAUCGCUAGUCCCCGCUCGCGGCAGGCAUCGGUGGAGGUACCGACGGAAUCGAUGAACACGGAGGAAGUGUACAAGCACCUCCGCAAGACGACGGCCGAGAUACAGAACUACAGCUUCGAAUCCAAGCUGGACAUGAACGGCAAGGAUUCCGGCAUCGGCAGCCAGAUCGGGGACCGAGAUCCCCACAACAACAACGUGAUGCUACAGUCGAUGACGGUACUCGAGACCGGUGGUGGAGUUGGUGGGCUCGGCAUUUACGGAUUGCCAUCGAACGGUAUCAAUGGCCAUAUCGUGGCAGGAUUCGGAGGUCUCGAAAAGGACGAUUCCUGCAAUGGAUCGAAAACACAGUCCGCCACGACGACGGAAUCGAACACGCCCGAAAACACCGUCCGGUUAGACGGCAUGGACCUGGCACACAAGACGAUAGCCCAGCAGCAGCAGCAACAGCAACAGCAGCCUCGCUACAGCCUUGCGGAGAACGGCGAGGUGGUACUGGACAAAGGUGUAAAGGAAAAUGACGUCAUCAAGGCAGCGAUCCUGCUGUCACACGAAUCGGCACCGGAGGUCACGAAGCAGGUGUUAGAGAAUCUACGAACCUGCAUCAAGUACGGAACGUGUGAGCUACCGAUUAAGAACUUCAAAGCAAUCAUGAAGAUGUUGUUACAUCUGAUGGAGUCGCAGAACAACGAUGUGCUGAUAGCAGCACUCCACACGCUGGGCCGAAUCGUGCGCAGUGGCAACAUGAAGGCCUGUUGGAGCAAGUUUCUCGAGUUGAUUCUGUUGAAGAUUAUAGACUGUUACAAAAUUAGCAAGGAGGUAUCGCGCGAGAUUGACAUAAUUGUUGUGAAGAUUGCGAACGUUUUGCCGCUGGACGUGUCUGUCAACAUUCUGAACCCGGUGAUUGCGACCGGCGAGUUCCCGGCGAACUUGUGCGCCCUGAAGAUCCUCACCGAGCUGACGCACAACCAGGGCAAGGGGCUGACCGAUAAUCAUCUAGAUAGUAUAAUGCCAAAUGUAGCUAGGCUCGCUGAUGAUAGUCAAUCGAUGGUACGAAAGGCGGCAGUAUUCUGUAUCGUGAAGCUGUACGUGGUGAUGGGCGAGGACAAAGUGAAACCAAAAUUCUCUUUACUGAAUGCGAGUAAGAUAAGAUUGCUGAAUGUGUACAUUGCAAAGUCCCAGGGCAGCGGUGGUGGUAGUGCCGGAGGCGGCAACAGCCGGACGGGAGGAUCAUCGGCGACCACCACGACGGCAAUGUCAUGAUCCAAAAACGCCAAGUGAUUACUAUUCAAAGGACGCAAAUUCGCUAAACUGCUCUGUAAAUUCCGUAGAAGCAUCGCCGUUAUUCAGGAGUAAAACGUUAUUUAUCGACCGCCAAGGCGUGCGCACCUCAACCUACUUCCGGCUUCCGGUUCGAGCUAUAAGCGCCUAGCCAGCCGCCCUUCUCGGUCUCUUGGGCCCGUUUUGUAUGUGUCCUUCCAACUGGAAUACAAUAAGUAAGGCCGGUUUGCCACAGUUUUAAGACGUGUGUAGCGCUUAGUAUAGAGACACCGCUAGUGUGACGAUAAUGUGUUUUGAUCUUUACUAUUAUCGUUAACUUUACACUCGGUUGUGCUCCCCAGACCAUAUUCCAGAUCAUGUGGGUCUCCCUGGUCCUUGUUUUUCUUUUGUUGGUUGGGUCGCUGCUGUUUCGCCGGCCGAUGGUGGUUUGAUUAGUGUGCGGUUUUAUUUUAUACACUGAUCGUCGAUCGUUCGCAAUGGUAUCACGUGUAACAGUAACUACCACACUUGUGAACCACACCAACAACACAAAAACAUCUUGUUCGCACAAGGUUUGUCCGCGUUGCUCUGCACUCUGUGUGUGUCGCAUCGGGGAAGACGACCAAAACGGCCAAAUAAUGUAUCUUGAACCUUAUGGCCAAACUCGGUAACGUUAGUGACUUGUUUUAUAUCUAGGAGCGUGCCCCGGAACACGAACGGGAACAACCGGCAUCGUCCCGGUACGCGCAAGCUGCAAAAGUAUUAUACCUGCUGCUGACUAUCGUUUUAUAUUUUCUUCUCGUUAUUUUUUUGUGGCCGUAUGGUGGCCCUGCGGUGUGGAAGGAGUAAGCAAGAGAAUAACUAUUAAUGUGUGACGUGCAACUGCGACUCGCUUUGUGCACGCGCGACCGUACAGGGCGAUUGACAGAACUGGACGUGGGAGAGAGUGGCGGGUGUUAAAGACGCAACCUUAGCACGCAGCAGCAAUGAACCAUCAACAAUUAUAGUACCUUUGUUGGAAACCACUCGAAACUCGAGAGUAAACUAAGAGAGAUGGCGUUAACCCCGGGAUCCGAAAAUGAGAGGUGAAUCUUUUGGAUACCGAACCACGUAGAGUGCAGAGAAAGAUGUCCUGGCAAAACAUUAUACUUUCCAGUAGAGAGAGAGAUAGAAAGCAAGAAAGAAAGAAAGAAAGAAAGAAAGAAAGAAAGAAAGAAAGAAACGCAGAAGCACGAGAGAGAAAGACCUCUGCUCGGGAUGUCUAGUCGCGUAAACGUUAAGAGGAAGAAGGGACAUUAUUGGGUGUUUGAUCAUCUCUUGUAUCACGGCAUAAAGUACGAUUGAAGAAAUGGAGAAAAAGAGAGCGAGAGACAGAGAACGAUAAUUGUAAACUGUAGAAUGUGCUAAUAUUGAAAAAAAGGUGGCAACGAUCGAUAAACGAUCGCUAAGGAAUACAUUCAAAUGAUUUGAAGAUAAAAAAGAAAAGGGUGCGUCGAAGCUUGGAACACGAUCGAAGUAGGCGCGCACGUCAGUGUGAGUCGCGCACAGAACCCAGAACAACCAAGUGAACGAAAUAGAUAUAUAGAUCGAAAGAGAGAGAGAGAGAGAGAGUAAGAAAUGGAAAAGGCAAGCAAAUACUAAAGCAUUAAAGUUGAACAAUUAAUUAUUAAACCCUUACUAAUAAAACAGGAAAAAGACGACAAAUUAAUAGAAAAGAAGAUCCCAGAGAGGGUAGCGAUAUGUUUGUGUUUGCUCUUUAUUAUACUCUUUCGUUUUCUCACCGCUUACGUCGAUGCAUUUUGUAAAUUCGUUUGCCAGAAAGCCCCUUUGGUAAAAGGUACAGCAAAAUGCAUCGACCAAAGAGGGAUUUAUGAAAAACUUUCAUAUUUUUUCAAUGUUUAUCCGUAGAAUGUUUUUAACAUUUGCCAUUUGAUACAUAUUAUUUCUCUUCAGCUCCUU